CCACCGGCUCCUGGGCUCCGCCGCCUGCGGCGCCCUGCAUGGAGCGCGGCGGCGGCAGCAGAAGCAGCAGCAGCAGCAGCCAGCUGGACCCCGGCUUCUCGCAGCAGGACACACCCCGCCUCAUCGUGGAGGACUCGCAGCCCCAGGGCGCGGGCGCGGAGGCGGACGCGGAGCAGGCCUGCCUCGGUGUGCUGGCCCGCCGGCUGCCGGCCCGGCGGAGCCCGAGCCCCGUGCUGGAGAUCGUGUGCGAUCCCAUCGGCAGCCGGGCGCCCAAGGGCGGCGGGGCGGACCGGGAGCGACCCGCAGAAUCCAUGGAGAGCCCGGCCCGCCUGGGCGCCGCCGGCCCGCGGGGCUGCAUCUCGGAGGAGGCUCCACUGCCCGGCAGGGAGAGCAGUGUCCUUGGAAAGGCCGGGGAACGAGGUGAAGGUGAUGUUGAGGACUGUGCUGCUUCGCCCUGUGCAGAAGAUACAGGCACGUCACAGCUGCAGUUUGGAGCUCUAGAGCUCUCACAGAGCCAGGACUUCGAGAGCAACUUCGUGCCUAAUGAAGGAGAUGCUAGGCAUCAGCUUCACCCUGGAGCUGCAGUUCUUUCUUCCAGACUUGUGGAGAACAGGUCUAAAGAUGAACUGCAUAGGGACAGGACAGAAACCGUCUCCAGCACAGAAGCACAUACUGCUUUGAAAAGCCAGGCAGAGAAGUCUGAAAGAACUCUUCAGGAAGCAGAAGAGCAUAUCAGGAAGAAAAUGCCUGUCAGUGACCCCAGUAAAACUGAGAAAUCCCUUAGUUCUGGUCAUGAGGAGUCAGAUAUCUUGUCAACUCAGGAAGAAAUGUUUCCUGAGAAUCAUGCAACAGGGAGUGGCUGUCCAAUAACCAGAGUGGAAGAGGGAAGUUCUCUGGCCUGUACCCCUGCCCGCAGUCUGCAUGUCCUGCAGCUCUCUGGACAGGCAGUCCUUGUACAGGAGGGUCAUUCCGUUGUCUCUUCGGGCCUAGUUAUUCCACCUCCUGUUGCCUUUGGAGCCAGUGCUCUUGUCCCCAGCAGUCCUACUGAACAAGAGCAAGGAAAAGAUGAACAGGUGGAUAUAUCUAUUCCUGCAGAAGGAAGAGAACUGAUGCAAAAGCAGAGAGAUGAUACGCUGGUGGAGAUGGCCAACCCAUGUAUUCCUCCAAGACCCCUUGUCCAGCCACAGGCUUCAACUCCAGUGUCCCUGAGCGCACCAACCUUCUUUCCUGGGUCUGGAUCUGUACCUAUACCAUCACAACCAGAGUUUUCUCAUGACAUCUUUGUUCCAACUCAGAGCCCAGAGAAGAAGCAUGAAGGAGAAGAAAAAACUGCUGCUUCAAUCCCUUUGUGCUUAUCAGGAGACCUCUCAGAACCCACAGAUGCUUUGUCAAAGAUAUCUAUAGGCGACUUUGCAUCAAAGCCUUCUGAGUCCUGUAAGCUGAUGCUUUCUGCAAGUGUAUGUAGCCAGCCCAUGAAUACAGACAUCAGUUCAGGUUCUCUGAACACAGGCCAAGACAGCGAAACCACACAGGUAGACAGGAUUUCUGAAUGCAAGGCCUCUGACUUGAGACUAGAGAAUAACCAAAUAAAACUGAAAGAGAAUGCAGGUUAUCAAGUACACUCUGAAAACUGUGAAAAAGCCAAAACGGAGGAUGUAUGGGCUGCAGGAGUGCCUGUAGGGCAGUUUGUUAGCGCAGGUGUUGCAGGAGAUGGGUCAUUAGCCCCUACAGCUCAUCAGGAGAUCGAGUGUGUUUCUGGAAAUCAGGCUGCUGCAGAUCAGUCUGGUCUGCCUGAGAUUUUAUCAGAUGCUCGGGGUAGAGAAGUACAGUCUGAGGAUUUUCCAUUUGAAGAGACUUAUGAACCUGAGGCAGUUCCUGAGACGCAAUGUGAAGAACAAGAAGAAAAAAUGCAAAUAAAGGAGAAGCAAGUAAAUGAAGAUGGGUCUCUUGUUAAUAUAACACUUUCUCAGAGAUUUAUUCUUGAAAGGGAAGGACAAUGUAAUGAAGAUAUGGAAGUGGAAUUUGCUGAUGAUUCUUGUAAAAAGAGAAAAAAUCUGUUUGAUCGGGCCCAGGACUUAGAAGAGAUUGAAUCAGAAGGUCAGGAAAAAAAAUGUUCGAAAGGUUGUACUUUUGACAGUGGUGAGGCAAAGAACCUGGGUAAACUGUCUUCUAAGGCUGUUGCAGAAAACGUGCCAAAGCUCAAUAAAGUUUUAGCUAAACCUUCUGUAGGAGAGUUACCGGAGCAACACAACAAUUUGUGUCCUAAGAUAAAGAGUGAUGUUCAGUUGGAAGUGGCAUUGUGUGCCAAAAAACAUCUAGGCUGUUCAGAAUUGGGACAGGUAAUGAUGAUAAGCAAUCAGCCACCACUUCAAGAGAAAGGGUUUGAAACACGGGUGGUUCAGCACGAGAAUCAGGUGCCAAAGAGUAUGGAGGAUACUGUUAUGACAAGGAAUCUGGAGCAAGAAGAGCAGGUGCAGCCACAGAAGAAGGCAACUGCUAAAUCCCCCCGUCCUUCCAGUGGAACCCCAUUUCAUCUUACUUUGCCAAAGGAGGGUGAUAUCAUUCAGCCCUUGACCAGCAUAACACCACCUCUUACUGGUCACCUUAAAAUGGGACCCAGAAGACACAGUACACCAAUUGUGGAUGGUAGUUGUCCAGACAGCACUAUCGCAACCAGUGAUGUUACAGCAGAGAGCACAAUGGGGACCGACAAUGUCACUGUGGAAAGUGCAGUGGUGUCAGCAGAUGUGUCAGAAGUGUGUGAGAAGGGAGAGUUGGGUGUGGUUCCUCAGUUGGAUGCAAAACUUUCUCUGCGAAUGAACCUUGUUACCCCUGUGAACGAUGGGAGUGAGGAGUCCUUGCCAUUCAGUUUGGAAAAGCCUAUAGACAGGAAAGAUGGAUCCUCUGCUGCUGCUAGGACUGCUGCCAGCUCCCAGAAAGCAUCAUCUGUGUUUAGUCGUGUCUGUGAAGUUCGUCGGGAGGAUGAGGCCAGAGGUCGUGGUCUUUCCACUUCUCCAUUUAGGGGAAAUCUGUUCAUGUUUCCUGGCACAGAAGAAGAUGCUGAAUUACGUGCAAAUCCCAGUGACUGGCAGUACCAGCAACACAAGGCAGAUGGCAGUGGUGGACGGAUCCUAAUUCCUCAGAGGAUGCAGCAGGACUGCUAUCAGCAAUCUUCUGGUGCAGAGGAUGGAGAGUCUAUGGAGACUGAUGUCAUGAGCACUCAGGCAGAAGAAGGGAGAAGAAUGCAGUGGAAACAAAAUAAGGCUGUUAAAACUGAUCAAAGUCAAGAGAGAUGGGAAAACACCAAGAAUAAAGGGAUCCAGACUACAACAGACUGUCUUUUUACCCUAACAACUGUUACAACUUCAACACAAACAUCAGAAGAAAUGUGUAGACAGGUGGAAAUGGGAACCAGUAUGUCUGGGCAGAGACCUGGGCGAAAAGAUGUGAGUGUCCAAACUGCCGAGAGUGGGGAAAAGCUUGUGAACGCCUCUGGAGACGACACGGACUCUUUGCACAGUCAGGGAGAGGAGGAGUUUAACCUUCUUCACCCACCCAAGGGUCAGGUUCAGCGUCGCCAUGUGCGAACCACUCUAGAAAAGCACACCAUUGUUACACGUGUUACAACAGAUGUUUACUACAGCAAUGGUGUAGAGGUGGAAAGAAAAGUCGUUGAGGAAACUGAGGAGCCUGUAGUAGAGUAUCAGGAAUAUGAGACUGAUGCAUCCUCCUCCUGUAGAACUGCAGUGGGCUCGUCACUGACCUCAGGGGAUCUUGGUGAUGUCAGUUCCUUCUCAGCUAAGGCCUCAAGUCUCCACCACACAUCCAGUGGAGCAAGCAGUGGUCACUCUGCCACGCACAGCAGCAGCAGCUCAGGACGAGGAACUGGAACUGUCAAAGGAAAAGCGUGUGGGACAGAAACUGGAGGAUUUGCUUUACCUACUGGCAGAGGCUUCUUAGGAAAAUUAAGCCCUAGGAAAGGAGCUGGGCAGCCUGCAUCUCCACUCAGAGUUAGCCAGAUGGGAGCACUGCUGUGUGAGGAAGAGGACUCUAUGACUGGCACUCGUCAGUGUGGCAGGGCACCUGUGACACCUCGUGGACGAGGAAGAAGAGGCCGCCCACCAUCUCGAACAACAGGAACAAGAGAUUUAGCUGGACUGCCAGGUGUGGAGGAUCUCCCAACUGUGGCAUCACCUGAGAAGAAACCAUUUACUCAUUCAGUUCGCCAGCCAGGUGGAGGAGAGAGAUCUGACACUUCUGGCUUCUGUGCGUUACGUCGAAGCGACUCUCCAGAAAUCCCAUUACAAGUGAUGACUGGUCCUUUGGACUGUGCGGACUCAUCCUCUGGAAGCAGCUUUGUGGGCCUCAGGGUUGUAGCAAAGUGGUCCUCAAAUGGGUACUUUUAUUCUGGGACGAUUACCCAAGAUGUUGGGGCUGGAAAGUACAAGCUGCUCUUUGAUGAUGGAUAUGAGUGUGAUGUGCUAGGAAAAGAUAUUUUACUCUGUGAUCCUAUCCCACUGGAGACAGAGGUGACCGCACUCUCUGAGGAUGAGUACUUCAGUGCAGGUGUGGUGAAGGGACACCGGAAAGAGUCUGCAGAGCUAUACUACUGCAUUGAAAAGGAAGGCCAGAGGAAGUGGUACAAACGAAUGGCUGUUAUCCUGUCUCCGGAACAAGGAAAUAAGCUCCGUGAGCAAUUUGGGCUAGGUCCUUAUGAACCAGUCACCCCUCUGACCAAAGCAGCUGACAUCAGUCUUGAUAAUCUGGUGGAGGGGAAGAGGAAGCGACGUAGUAACCUUGGUUCUCCCAGCACUUCCAGCAGCAGCACAACUCCCACUCGUAAAGGGCAGGAGAGUCCACGCAUCCCACCAGGCACACUGUCUGGGAAAAGGAAACUUGUUGCAUCUGAAGAUGAGCAAUCCCCAGCUAAACGUGGCCGCAAGUCAGCAAUGAUAAAGCCUGGGGCUAUGAGAGCUGGAGAGUUUGUAAGCACCUGUGAAGGUGUAGAUGCUGUAGAUCCCCCAGUACUUGAGGAACAUCACAGACCUUUGCCCCUCAAUAAGACCCUCUUUUUGGGCUAUGCCUUUCUUCUCACCAUGGCAACACCAAGUGACAAAUUGGUCGGUCACCAGAAGCCAUCAGAUGGUCCCACAGGGAGCAGCGAAGAGGAAGAAGAAUUUUUAGAGAUGACUCCGUACGACAAACAUUACAUAGCACAACAGCUGCAAGCAGGAGCUGGCUAUAUCCUGGAGGACUUCAAUGAAACCCAGUGUAAUGCAGCAUAUCAGUGUCUUUUAAUUGCGGACCAGCAUUGUCGAACUCGGAAAUACUUGCUGUGCCUUGCCAGCGGGAUCCCUUGUGUGUCUCAUAUCUGGGUCCAUGAUAGCUGUCAUGCUAACCAGCUUCAAAAUUAUCGGAAUUACCUUUUGCCAGCUGGAUAUAGCCUCCAGGAGCAAAAAUUGCUAGAAUGGCACCCACGAGAAAACCCAUUUCAUAACCUAAAGGUUCUCCUGGUGUCAGACCAGCAACAGAGCUUCCUGGACCUGUGGUCUGAAAUUCUCAUGACAGGGGGAGCAACAUCUGUUAAACAGCAUUACUCAAAUGCUCACAACAAAGAUAUUGCUUUGGGUGUUUAUGAUGUGGUGGUGACUGAUUUUUCCUGCCCAGCUGUUGUCUUGAAGUGUGCAGAAGCUUUACAGCUGCCUGUUGUCUCACAAGAGUGGGUGAUCCAGAGCCUUAUUGCUGGGGAGAGAGUAGGCUACAAGCAGCAUCCAAAAUAUAAACAUGACUAUGUCCCCCAGUAAAUGAAAACUUUGCCCUGUUGCCCCAACUGUUGUGCAGACUGUGUUUUAAUCAGAUUUCAAAUAUUUGUGAAAUGGGCAGUAUGCAUGGAUUAUUGUAUAUAGUUUUAUCUGCUGGACUUUUAUGAUUAAAUAAAUGUUCAACCUCUUGUGGUA